AUGGGAUACGCGAAUAGUUGUUCGGGGAUGCUUUCAGCAAAUACCAUCCACAGUCUAUACCUUUUAUCUGGGGCGAUUGCAACACCCCUUUUGUUGCAACUUCUGAUAGAAGUCUACACCCCCCCAUCCUCUCUGAUACUGAAAACGAAAAGCAUCAUCCCUGCCUUGUGCGACGUACUUCAUCUCUGGAUUGCGCAACUGCAAUCGUGCAAGCACGAAUACAGUCGUUACUAUUCGACCAGGAAUUGCUGGGAAAUAAUGGUCUUGAAUGACGUGGACGAUCUCCUGCAGCAUAUGAGACCUGAAACGAUGACGCCCAACGAUGUUGUCAAGAUCGAACCGCUACUGCCAACUGUAGCUCCGGUUGAGUUAUUCUGGAUCGACCAAGCCGGGAGCAAGCAUCGGCGGAAGCUGAUCAACACUCACACGCAGAAAAGAUCGCGACGACUCAAGCGGUUGAACGACGCUUCGUCCUCCCAAUCUACAGACCGGAGCCCCGAGAUGCUGUCAGUGUUGAAGCACCGAAGGAACUGUAACGCGGCUGAUGGCAAGACGACCCCGGGUGCAGAGGACUCCCAGCCUCCUAGAUGGAUGAAGGAACCAGCUUCUUCCACAAAUGCUCUCAAGAUGAGAGAGACUGCUACAUACUGCAUCCCACUCGCCCCUGAGCCAUUUUCGACCAGCCUUCAUCUUGGCCUUGAACCAUUUGACAGUCUCUCGGUAGCAUUGAACAAUCAAGCCGGCACUUUGCUCAAAUUUGCGAAGACUAUGUCCCUGAGCACAGAAACCAUAUCAGCUCAUUGGGGCAAAUCAUGUGUGGCUUCCCUUGGGCUUUCAUGGUGCUUCUCGUAUCCUGUAAAGCUUCUCAACCUCCUCGAGCGAGUAAGUGCUUAUGUUGAUACGGUUCAAGGCCUCGAGGCGAGUCCACGCACUAUUUUCUGGCGUCACGCUGCAAUACAGCGCUUGGCGGCUCUCAUAUCUAAUCCACGUACGAGACAUGGCGAGGAAGUAUUAUCCGGCAUCGUUGCUCAGCUGCAUGGGUAUCUCCAUCGGUAUAGAGGCGUCCACAAAGGCUCGGCGACGACAGACGGACCUCAUUCGGCCGGUCUGAGGAACUUUGUUUCGCAUGUUGGAGGAUGGAGUAGACUCAACCUCACGCCUCAAGUGGAAGAAUAUGUCAGAAUGGCUAUGAUCAUAACGAGCAUUCGACUUGCAUCAUAUCUCGACGACUUCGAGGGAGCCAGCGGCGGCAACGAAACGCUCCUCGAUUGGCAGGUGGAAGUUGAGCAAGUGGCAUCAUUGUUCGCGCAGAUGGAUGCCUGGGCUCUACAGCAUUACGAGGUUUCCUUCCAAGACAGUCCGAAACUGCCGCUAGACGAACUUGAACCACUGCUUUCAGAGAGCUCCGGAAUUUGCGGUCAUUGUCACAAGCUAUUUGUUCUGGUGUGGCUUAGCCUGACGCGAUGGCACUCGAGAAGAAGUCCUGGACAGUACGAGUAUAUCAUCCACACCGUGAACCGUCACUUUCGAAGUCUGCCGCACAGGGCAUUGCCGGAUUUUUCAUGGUCGAUAGUAUCCUCUCGAGCAGGGGACGAAAAGAGCCAUUGGCAGACCAUUGAGAUCCUCAAGGUGUUGCAUCGGACAAGACAUUCAACGCAAGAUCAAGUGUGCCGGUGGCUGUUUGACUUCAUCCACGGGCCAACUAAGGAUGGGUUUCUUGGGAUGCAGAGCAGUUUACGCGAACAAUUGUUGCGGGAUGCUCUUGAAGGUCUCCCAGAGGGCUACGCCACAGGUGUACAGAGCGAGUCAUAG